AUGCCUGGUUCACCUGGCGAUAAUGGACGAAUUGGACUUGCUGGCAAACCUGGUCCACCUGGAUUGCCAGGAUUUCGUGGCGAUGAUUGUGGAUUUUGUCAGGAUGGAAUACCUGGCGAAAAGGGAGAUCAAGGCGAUCGUGGGCAGGAUGGUUGGCGAGGGCAGCCGGGUCCUAAUGGAGUUAUUGGACAACAAGGACCAAAAGGAGCGCCUGGAAAAUCAGGAUUGCCUGGCCCAAUGGGUUUACCUGUAAUCUUAUUAAACUUUUAUAAUCCAAAUUUCAGUAAAAGGGAACCCCAAAACUACGAAAAAUAA